GCAGGUGUAACGUCAUGGCUAUGUCUCUAUCAAAACAAAUAGCCUAUGCUAGCUAGCUAACGUUAGCGUUUCCUGUUUACUCGUUGAUGGGGGUAUAGCUUUAGCUAGAUAGCUUGCAUCUCUGUCAAAUGUCAUCAUUAACUAAUUGGUUUCUUAUCUAGACAAUCCUCUACAUUUCAGAGAGCGACAGUAGCUAACGUUAAUAAACUAACGUUAAAUGUCGGCGAAAAAGUAGCUAGCUAUACAUGAAGCAAAAAGAAUGCGUUAGUUCAGCUAACGUAAAUUGUAGCAAGCUGAUUAAACCAGACUUCCUGUUCAAAUUCCUAGUGAUUGGGAAUGCCGGAACUGGAAAAUCAUGUCUUCUUCACCAGUUUAUUGAGAAGAGAUUCAAAGACGAUUCAAAUCACACCAUUGGAGUGGAGUUUGGCUCCAAGAUAAUCAACGUGGGGAACAAAUAUGUCAAACUCCAAAUCUGGGACACUGCAGGACAAGAGAGAUUCAGAUCUGUGACACGAAGUUACUACAGAGGCGCUGCAGGAGCGCUGCUUGUGUAUGACAUCACCAGCCGGGAAACCUACAACGCCCUGACCAACUGGCUGACAGACGCCAGGAUGCUGGCCAGCCAAAACAUUGUCAUCAUCCUGUGUGGUAACAAGAAGGACUUGGAUGCAGACAGGGAGGUCACCUUCCUGGAGGCAUCUCGCUUUGCUCAGGAAAAUGAGCUGAUGUUUCUGGAGACCAGUGCUCUGACAGGGGAGAACGUGGAGGAAGCCUUUGUGCAGUGUGCUAGGAAAAUUCUCAACAAGAUAGAGUCGGGAGAGUUGGACCCGGAGCGGAUGGGAUCAGGGAUCCAGUACGGAGACGCGGCGCUGCGACAGCUGCGCUCCCCUCGCAGGGGACAGGCCGAGAGUGCCCAGGAAUGUGGCUGUUAGUGAACAAGCUCAGUGUGCCCAGAUCCAAGGCAGGUUGGUGAAGACUCAGAUGACAGAUGUAGGGAACAUGAUACAUCGUGGCGGAGCAACUCUUCCCUGACCUUUUUCUAACUUCCCAACUUCUGGAUGUUCCAUCAGUGAUCCAUAGAGAGUCCCAGAUUUUUGGCCCCAAUCUGGAAUGCUGAGCUUGUUCCUGGACCCCUCAGACACAGGCAGAGAUGCCCCUGUUCCAAUCUCCUCUAAGAGUGGACCAAGCCCUUCAAUCAUCUAGGCUGUAUUCGUAAUGCGUCUUUAAGUCGGAGUGCUGAUAUUAUUUAUUUUUCCUCUUAGAUCAUAAUGAAUAAGACAACAUGGACAAGGGGACCUGAUCCUCGAUCAGCACACUUAAUCAGAGACACUAAAUGAUUACGGGCCCUGGAAUUUUACUUACACCCCUGUACUGCUGCCCUAUCCCUACCCACAGCAUCUUGCAUUAUGUACAGUACUAUCUGUAUAAAGAAUAUAUCAUUUAAGUACCUCAAAGCAUGUUUUAUGGACUGAAUAUCACAGUAUUUCAUUAGCUGAAGAAUAAUCUAUCAAUUAUGACAUCACAUUUUCCUUUGUCAUGUUACGGUGAGAAUUAUCAAUCAGCACUGUCUCAUGCCUGCUGGUUUCAUUGACCUGUUGUUUGUCAUGUUACAGUGAGAAUUAUCAAUCAGCACUGUCUCAUGCCUGCUGGUUUCAUCGACCUGUUGUUUGUCAUGUUACAGUGAGAAUUAUCAAUCAGCACUGUCUCACGCCUGCUGGUUUCAUCGACCUGUUGUUUGUCAUGUUACAGUGAGAAUUAUCAAUCAGCACUGUCUCAUGCCUGCUGGUUACAUCGACCUGUUUGUCAUGUUACAGUGAGAAUUAUCAAUCAGCACUGUCUCAUGCCUGCUGGUUUCAUCGACCUGUUGUUUGUCAUGUUACAGUGAGAAUUAUCAAUCAGCACUGUCUCACGCCUGCUGGUUUCAUCGACCUGUUGUUUGUCAUGUUACAGUGAGAAUUAUCAAUCAGCACUGUCUCAUGCCUGCUGGUUACAUCGACCUGUUUGUCAUGUUACAGUGAGAAUUAUCAAUCAGCACUGUCUCACGCCUGCUGGUUUCAUCGACCUGUUGUUUGUCAUGUUACAGUGAGAAUUAUCAAUCAGCACUGUCUCACGCCUGCUGGUUUCAUUGACCUGUUGUUUGUCAUGUUACAGUGAGAAUUAUCAAUCAGCACUGUCUCACGCCUGCUGGUUUCAUCGACCUGUUGUUUGUCAUGUUACAGUGAGAAUUGUCAGUCGGCACUGUCUCACGCCUGCUGGUUUCAUCGACCUGUUGUUUGUCAUGUUACAGUGAGAAUUAUCAAUCAGCACUGUCUCACGCCUGCUGGUUUCAUCGACCUGUUGUUUGUCAUGUUACAGUGAGAAUUAUCAAUCAGCACUGUCUCACGCCUGCUGGUUUCAUCGACCUGUUUGUCAUGUUACAGUGAGAAUUAUCAAUCAGCACUGUCUCACGCCUGCUGGUUUCAUCGACCUGUUGUUUGUCAUGUUACAGUGAGAAUUAUCAAUCAGCACUGUCUCACGCCUGCUGGUUUCAUCAACCUGUUUGUCAUGUUACAGUGAGAAUUAUCAAUCAGCACUGUCUCACGCCUGCUGGUUUCAUCGACCUGUUUGUCAUGUUACAGUGAGAAUUGUCAGUCGGCACUGUCUCACGCCUGCUGGUUUCAUCGACCUGUUGUUUGUCAUGUUACAGUGAGAAUUAUCAAUCAGCACUGUCUCACGCCUGCUGGUUUCAUCGACCUGUUGUCAUGUUCUUUGUGUUGAUAUUAUUAGUUGUUUUCCCUAAUUGUUAUGACUCAUGCUUUUAAAAAUGUAUUCUCAAUAAUAUAGCUACUCUUUUUUUUAAAAUAAAGUAUAACAAAAUUGUGUAAAUUGUGA